GUCAGGUAUUAAUGGCUAAAAGCCAAGAGGUAUUCUGAGAUUAGAGUAUCCUAAGUGGAUCGUCAAUAUAGGUACAGCUAGAAUACAAAUCGAACGCAUGGCUGAAAGAUAUUUUACGAUGAACUUGAAGUUAUGUAAAUCAAUUUAUAGAAUUCGCUUGACUGUCAUAUAAAUUACCUAUACGUUGAUAAAUAAUUUUCUUAAAUUAAAUUCAUAUUAUUAUAAAAUGUGCGAAGACAUCGAACUUCAUCGAUACGACGACACACCUUGGGGAUUUCGACUGACAGGAGGCCAUGAUUUUGGAAUUCCUCUUACUGUCGUUCGAGUGACUGGAGGUAGCUUAGCCGAGGAAGCUGGCAUGUGUGUUGGAGAUAUGAUUAUUGAAAUAAAUGGAGAUAACACAGCACAAAUAACUCAUAGCGAAGCUCAACAAUGUAUUUUAGAAGCUGGGAAUACUAUAACUUUGUCGAUUUUGCGAGGAAGUCCUGUACCAGCAAUUACGCCGACUAGAGGAUUACACACACCUUCAGUCAUUGAACGUGCAACAUCUUCUAUUGGAAGUUUAACUGAGUAUGAGCAUAGAGACAAUGUAGUAUCAGUAUCAGAAUCAUACGAUAGUGUUCAUGAAAUGACUGAGGAAGAAAUAGCUGAAAAAUUAUUAGAAAGUGCUGAAGUUAUUGAAAAUAAUGGGAAAAAUGUUAUAGGUGUCAAUUUUAAACGUUUUGUGCCAAAAUGUGAUUUUAUUAAAAAUUCACUGGUAUUUCAAACAUUACAAGAAGAGCAAAUUUUUGACCAAAAAUCAGAGGAAGAACAAUUAAAAAGGUGUCCAACAAAAAGGUUUUCAACAUUCUUGACGCCACCAAAUAGGCCUAAAAUCAGACCACCAGAGAAAAAAAAACCUGAAGAAGUAAAACAAAUUGAAGAGGAGAUAAAUGAAUCUGAAAAUCAGCUUGUUGAGGAAAAUAAAUCAAACACUUGUGAACAAGUAUGUACUAAUUGUAAAUGUAAAUUAAGUGAUAUAGAAGAUUGUAUUGUAUCUACUGAUACAAUAACAGAAAAAGAAAAAUAUGAUAGCGAUCAUAACGUAGAAGAUCAUGAAGAGAGUUUGGACAAAAGCAUUAAAGUCGAAAUUGAAAGAGAGGAAGAGCCUCAAUAUGAGAUUGACCAAGAAAAAAUAGAAAAUAUUAAUACAAAUGAGGAUUUAAUUGAGAAAAUUGAAGAAACUUUUGAAUCAAAAAUUAGUGAAGUGAACAAAGAGCCUGAAAAUAUAUUUGAAAAGAGUAUAUUAAAUAUUCAAAAUCAAUUAUCUGCUAUUCGAGAAUUACCACUACAGAUACAAAAUCAUAUUUCAUUGUUAGAAAAACAACUUUCAGAUAUACUCUCACAUAAAAUUCAAUCAAAUGAAAUAUCUGAAAAUAACCAAAUUAAAAACAUUAAUAAUGAAGAAGAACAAAAAGAAAGUUCAAUCGAACAAGAAAAUAUUGAUGACGGGUCACAAGAGACAUAUGAUGAUGAAGUGUUUGAGCCAGUUGAUGAAAAAUUUGAAGAUGUGCAAGAAUUGGAAUCUAAUGGAAUAUCUGAAGACCAUUCUGAUGAAGAAACCGAAGAUAGAGAACCCAGUGGUAGGCCAAUGUACCCUCUUACGCCAUUACCAAGACCUAUUGUAUUACCAGGUGGUCGCAAAUGGAGAUGUCCCAAAGAUGCUUACAAUGAAAAAUUUAUUGCUGAAACAUUGAUAUCACAAGCUGAAGUUUUAGUCGGUUCUACAUUGGGGGUAAAUUUUAGAAAGUAUGAACCACCAAAAUUUGACUUGUCUAAUUCAGCGGUAUACAAAUUAGUACAUAAUAUCGAGAGAAAAAAUACUGGGGGUAUUGAAAAUAGGCCUGAAGUAGUUGCAGCUGAAGAAGAUUUCUACUACCAUAAACCAAUCGAUGCAAGACAAUUCUACUUAGCUACACUCCCACAACCUACUACGGUUCCAGAUUUUGAAACAGAUAAUCAAUAUGGUCAUUAGAUGUAAACUAUUUUUUUUUUUUUUUUUAAUCCAAAGUAGUAUUCCAUCUUAAAAUUGUAUUUAGUAUAAGUUAAUUUAUUAUUCGUUAUGCCUAUAUUCAAA